CUGAAGCACAUUGCAAAGUGAAGAGUCGGUUGCAGGUUCAUCGACUGAUGGCCACAAUGAAUUGGAUUUUAAAUGUUUAUUAUUGAUAAUAUAUUUAUAGAAAAUAGGCCAGCUGUCGACGCUGGUCAUAAACGGAGACUAUAAUUCCAAGAGGGUUGUGAAUCGUAUUAGCUUGUUUGUAUGUGGCAAUAACCGGGUAAAUAAGCUAGCUAACGUUAGCAAUGGUUCUAAUGAUGGAAUCGCAAUGCGAGUAUUUUAUGUAUUUCCCUGCUGUUCCCAUCACGGACCUUUCCGACCCGUCAAAAUACCGAACUCUCCCCCGUCGCAGUCACCUCUAUCUCGGUGAGACCGUGCAGUUCUUGUUGGUCCUGCGGUCCAGAGAUGAAAGGUCAGGUUCGGACGGGACAAAGGGAAACGGGGAUAGUGACUGCGGUACCCGGGCUUGGAAGGAGCUGGUAGGGUCCCUCUCCGCUGUAGCAAGUGUGUGCCCUGGCGAGAGCCGACAUCGCUCCCAACUUCACCCCCACGAGUUCCAGAGAAGCUACAGCGACGACGGUGCAGACGAGGACCCCGACGAGGUCGACUUUGCUGCGGGUACAGCCCAUAUAGGCAGAAGGGAGUCCAGGAACCGAGGCUUCAGAGAAUGCAAGCCGCUUCUCAUUCACAAUAACACGGGGAGUGAUGGGCGGCAGUAUCGGCGGGCACCGAUGCAGUCACCCAUGGACAAGCCAGUGGUACUGAACGAUGAGGUCAUCUUCCCUCUGACCGUCUCAUUGGACAAACUCCACGUCAACACGCUCAAGGUCAAGAUCGUAGUGACAGUGUGGAAGCAGGAGAAGGAGAAGGCAGAGAUCAGGGAACAUGGUUACCUCACCAUCCUACAGCUGAGGAGUCCCACACACACCUUCAGACAGGACCUCAACACCUUCAAGGCCCAGGUCAGCACCACCCUGAGUGUUCUUCCUCCUCCGACUGUGAAAUGUCAACAGAUUACCGUCUCCGGGAAGCACCUGACCCUUCUCAAAGUAUUAAACUCCAGUUCCCAGGAGGAGGUGUGUGUUAGGAACGUGAGGGUUCUUCCUAACUUCAACGCGUCCUACCUCCCCAUGAUGCCUGAUGGCUCUGUACUCCUCGUGGACAAUGUCUGCCACCAAUCAGCGGAGGUUACCAUGGCAUCAUUCCACAGAAUGAACAGUAGCUCCUCCCACCUUCCCAGCAUGCUCUCUGCCCUGGAGGAGCAGAACUUCCUGUUUCAGCUGCAGCUCAGAGACCAGCCAGAGGAAGAGUCCAGCGAGGGUCUGGAGGUUCCAUUGGUGGCUGUGCUGCAAUGGUCUACCUCUAAGCUUCCAUUUACCAGGUACAUUUCGACCCACUACCAGCUACCCAGCGUGAGACUGGACCGCCCCCGUUUGGUGAUGACAGCUUCUUGUCAGAGUUCCGUGAGGCCGCUGGAACACUUCCGGGUCAAAUACACCCUCCUCAACAACCUGCAGGACUUCCUGGCUGUACGCCUGGUCUGGACACCCGAAGGACGUGGUCGGCAGGAGGACCCGUCAGCGAGUUCUGUGGUGUGUCACUCCCCCCUCAACAACUUGGGACAGUGUCGGAAAGGAUCCACCCUCUCCUUCACAGUUGCCUUCCAGAUUCUCAAGGCAGGACUGUUUGAGUUAAGCCAGCACAUGAAGCUGAAGCUCCAGUUCACAGCGUCCUGUUCCAACCCCCCUGCUGAGGCCAGGCCCAUGUCUCUGUCCCUGUCCCGUCACAACUCUCCCUCCAGCCCUGCUGUUAGAGACCUGCUGGACAGACAGAGUAUGGGACGGUCACAGAGCUUCUCUCACCAACAACCCUCACGGUCACAUCUUAUGAGGACGGGCAGUGUUAUGGAGCGCCGGGCCAUCACUCCUCCAGUGGGAUCUCCAGUGGGUCGACCCCUCUACCUUCCCCCCGAACGCCCCGUCCUCUCACUGGAUAAGAUCGCCAAGAGAGAGUGUAAGGUAUUGGUACUGGAACUUGGAAGAGACUGGGAGAGGGAGGGAGGGUUGGAAGAAUGAGGUAGAGAGGAAAUAAGAGAUGUAAUGGGAGAUUUAGAGGGGGGGGGGGGGACAUUUCUCAUUGAGCAUUUCAUCCAACCUGAAACAAAACACAAAAACUGUUUCACACAAAAAUACAGACCACAGUCACCACACUGAAUGACUUACUCUACAUGAUCCACAUCAUUUCAAGACACCGGAGGAGUUACUUUCCACACAAUUAUUUUUUCUUUUUUUUUUACUAUUAUUUCAACAUUCUGUUUUAUUCCUUGUUUUAUGUCUUGGUGUGUAAUUAAAUAUGUAAAUAACUGUUUUACACCAAAAAACAUUGGGUGGCGAGCUAGAUCUGCAGUAAUAUUUGGGCUGCCAUUUAACGUGAAAUUCACAGGGUUUGGUUAAUUAAUAAACUUUUAAUAUAUUGUCUGACUAACACUGUUCUGCAUGCGACAUGUUUGAUGUAAAACUUUGCAUGUUAAAGCUAGAGUCCUUGAGUCAAGCAAUAACAAGCUCUACUCCGCCUCUGUUUUUGUAAAAAGCUUUGGGAUAGGCCUGGAGUGAUGUAACCACUGUUAUAGACAGAGCUAUGGAUGCAAGGACUGACCUUCUAUGAUAUCAACAUUAUAAUUUAGCCAUGUUUUGAGGCUGUACAGUGUUUUGUUUACAUUGUUUUACUCGAAUGUUUGGAAGCAAACUUAUAUUUUGGGUUCUGAUGGGGUACGGCAGCUGCUCGUGAGGCAUUUAUAAUAUUCUUCAAGAAUCAAUGGGUGUAUAUAAUUCAUAAGUUAAACAAAAUUGAUGUAGCAACUAAGGAUUUUAGCUUCAACAAAAGCACCAGGAUGACCCAGAGAAUGGGCUGAGUUCGGUGUCAUUGUGGAAAAACUGUGGUUUCAUUCUUGUUACAAUGUGUUGUAGUUUAGUGACUAAGGGCCACAGUCUCUAGACUGAAUUUAAAACGUUUAAUAUUUAGUCUUUACACUGGCUAUCAGAGAUUUUGUAAGUGUAUUUGUCUGAUUUUGUGUUUAUGCUAAGUGUAUUUGUCUGAUUUUGUGUUUAUGCUAAGUGUAUUUGUCUGAUUUUGUGUUUAUGCUAAGUGUAUUUGUCUGAUUUUGUGUUUAUGCUAAGUGUAUUUGUCUGAUUUUGUGUUUAUGCUAAGUGUAUUUGUCUGAUUUUGAUUAUUUUAUUUUGUCAGCUUAAAAAUCUAACAUCUCAUCUCCUUAGUACACUACAUAUUAGUACACACUCCAUGAUAGGGAAUAAUCCUGCAUCCUUUUCAGUCAUUUUGUCUUUCCUUUGCGUCCCUAUACAACCUACAGACUAAUGGAUUUAACAAUGGUGGAAACUCUCUCCAAUCCAAUACUUUCACAUCCAAGCCGGGAAAUUGUGCAAGUGCACAUUUUGGGAGAAGGGUGGAGAAUUGGGACAUAACCUGCCACUGUGGUUCACAGCUGUUAAAGCGUUGACUGGUUGAGCCUGUUGAUCGUUGAGGUCAUUCACACUUGACCUUAUUAUUAGGGAUUUAGUCCUCUUGGGUAAUCCAGAAUAGUGCAUUAUUUAAAGUCAGUCCCUGUAGAUGUUUUCAACUCUUUCCAUUUGUGUUAUGAACGAUGGUGGUGUGUGUGUGUGUGUGUGUGUGUGUGUGUGUGUGUGUGUGUGUGUGUGUGUGUGUGUGUGUGUGUGUGUGUGUGUGUGUGUGUGUGUGUGUGUGUGUGUGUGUUGUAUGCUUCUGAAUGAGCCUAAAACACUGGAUGUAUAUUGUAUUUUCAUUGUAUUUUCUGGUUCAUAAACCAAUAGGAAUGGCCAAGAGGUAUCUAUUCCCGAUGUAAAAGACAAUGUGAUAUUCGGUGGGGACAUUUCAAACAAUCUGUCUACUGAGUGGUAUGCCUCAUUUUCCCUGGACACAAACUACUUUCUUGUGUAUCCUUUGUUCAUUUCUAUAUCUUGUCAAGAAGGACAUAAGAGACUUGAGUAGAGGAUGUAGUUUGCUAUUAUCGUGUUUGUUUUUUGUUUUUAUUUCUGAUUUAAAAAAACUCAUUGCAUUGUUGGAAAAGGACCCGUAAAUAAGCAUUUCACUGUUAGUCUCCACCUUUUUUAAUUUCACUGUUAGUCUCCACCUUUUUUAUUCCGAAGCAUGUGACAUUUUUUGUUGUUGUUGAUUCCAGACUUUGUUUAAGGCUAGUGAUAGAUCAUUGGUAAAGAAUAGAGAACAGUAAAGGACCGAGACAGCUGCCUUGCAGAAUACCACAUUUCCAUUAAAGAAGACCCUCUGUGUUAUAUUGGAUAGAUACAGUGCAUUCGGAAACUAUUCAGACCCUUUUACUUUUUCCACAUUUUGUUAGGUUACAGCCUUAUUUUAAAAUGGAUUACAUUGUUUUUCCCCCCUAAUUAAUCUACACACAAUACCCAAUAAUUACAAGGCAAAAACAGUUUUUUAGAAAAACCUAUUCAGACCCUUUACUCAGUACUUUGUUGAAGCACCUUUGGCAACGAUUACAACCUAGAGUCUCUGCAGAUCCUCUGAAACUCUGUCAGAUUGGAUGGGGAGUGUCACUGCAGAGCUAUUUUCAGGUCUCUCCAAACAUGUUCAAGCAUGGCCUCUUGCUGGACCACUCAAGGACAUUUGGAGACUUUUCCCGGUGUUGUUUUGGCUGUGUGCUUGGUUGUUGUCCUGUUGGAAGGUGAACCUUCCCCCAGUCUGAAGUCCUGAGCCAUCUGGAGCAAAUUUUCAUCAAGGAUCUGUCCGUACUUUGCUCCGUUCAUCUUUCCCUCGAUCCUGACUAGUCUCUCCAGUACCUGCCGCUGAAAAACAUCCCCACAUCAUGAUGCUGCCACCACCAUGCUUCACCGUAGGGAUGGUGCCAGGUUUCUUCCAGACGUGAAGGUUGGCAUUCAGGUCAAAGAGUUCAAUCUUGGUCUCAUCAGACCAGGGAAUCUUGUUUCUCAUGGUGAGAGUCAUUUAGGUGCCUUUUCUCUCCAAGCGGGCUGCCAUGUGCCUUUUACUGAGGAGUGGCUUCCAUCUGGCCACUCUACCAUAAAUGCCUGAUUGGUGGAUUGCUACAAAGAUGGUUAUCCUUCUGGAAGGUUCUCUCAACAGAGGAACUCUUGAGCUCUGUCAGAGUGACCAUCGGGUUCUUUAUCACCUCCCUGACCAAGGCCCUUCUCCCUGAUUGCUCAGUUUGACCAGGCGGCCAGCUCUAGGAAGAGUCUUGGUGGUUCCAAACUUCAUCCAUUUAAGAAUGAGUGAGGCCACUGUUCUUAGGAACCUUCAAUGCUGCAGAAAUGUUUUAAUACCCUUCCCCAGAUCUGUGCCUCGACACAAUCCUGGCCUGGAGCUCUACGGACAAUUCCUUUGACCUCAUGACUUGGUUUUUGCUCUGACAUGUACUGUCAACUGUGGAACCUUUUAUAUAGACAGGUGUGUGCCUUUCCAAAUCAUGUCCAAUCAAUUGAAUUUACCACAGGUGGACCAAGUUGUAGAAACAUCUCAAAGAUGAUCAAUGGAAACAAUAUGCACCUGAGCUCAAUUUCGAGUCUCAUAGCAAAGAGUCUGAAUACUUAUAUAAAUAAGGUAUUUCUGUUUUUGUUUUUUUAAUACAUUUGCAAAAUAAUCUAAACCUGUUUUUACUUUGUCAUUAUGGGGUAUUAUGUGUAGAUUGAUGAGGACUGUUUUUUUAAUAAGGCUGUAAGGUAACAACAUGGGGGAAAAGUCCAGGGGUCUGAAUACUUUCCGAAUGCACUGUAACUGUCAACCCAUAGUAGAGUAGAGGAUGUAGGCUUGGCUAUUAUUUACAUUUAACAUUUAAGUCAUUUAGCAGACGCUCUUAUCCAGAGCGACUUACAAAUUGGUGCGUUCACCUUAAGACAUCCAGUGGAACAGCCACUUUACAAUAGUGCAUCUAAAUCUUUUAAGGGGGGUGAGAAGGAUUACUUUAUCCUAUCCUAGGUAUUCCUGAAAGAGGUGGGGUUUCAGGUGUCUCCGGAAGGUGGUGAUUGACUCCGUUAUUAUCUUGUUUAUCAUGAUUUAUUUCAUUUGUUUUUAUUUACCUUGAAAAACAGCCCCAUUCCAAAUGCAUUUCCAUUGUUCCCUUUGUCAGACAAAAAGUUGUCAUAACAUUUCCAUUCCUUUCCUUUGUCAGACAAAAAGUUGUCAUAACAUUUCCAUUCCUUUCCUUUGUCAGACAAAAAGUUGUCAUAACAUUUCCAUUCCUUUCCUUUGUCAGACAAAAAGUUGUCAUAACAUUUCCAUUGUUCCCUUUGUCAGACAAAAAGUUGUCAUAACAUUUCCAUUCCUUUCCUUUGUGAUUUGAAAUUAAUUUAUUAUUUCCACUCAGACCAAAGUAACUCAUAAUUGCAUUGUUUAUGUAUAUUUUGGACUUAUUUUUAACAGUGAUUUUUUUUAAGCACUUUAUUUACAUUUUAAUUGUAUUGUUCAUGGUUCCUCGGACACACAAACACAAGGAAUGCCUUGAAUGCAAACGUCGUUGGCAAAAAGUGUUUUGAAUUUGCAACAAACAUGUUGGAAAAAAAGUGUUUUUGGUCACUCCUAGUUUGUUGCACUGACUGAAUAAAGACAAUUGAAAAGA